AUGGGCGUUCUGAGCCAUAGAUUUGCCCGGAUUUGUGCUUUAUUUGUGCUCGCCUUCGGCCUUGUCGUCUGGCCGAGCGGGGUUGUGGCAAGCACGAAAAUUCCUUCAAAGUCUCUGGCCGUGCGAGGGUGCCGGGCAGAGUCAGCGGAAGCGUGGGAAGAGCUAGCGAACGAACUGGCCAAACAAAAUGACCAGGACAAAGCGAAGCUGCUUCUCCGCGCCCUGGCGGCGGAGAUGAAGGCCCAGACACAGGCGGCGGAGAUGAAGGCGCAGGCGGCGGAGAUGAAGGCGCAGAUCGAGGCGGAUGAAGGCGCAGAUCCAGGCGGCGGAGAUGAAGGCGCAGACGUCGGAGAUGAAGGCCCUGAAGAAGGAUCUCAUGGCCAUAAGGGGGGAAUUCACUGCCCGAGAUGCUGUGCAAUUCUUGAACAAGGCUGUUCAGAAUUGCUUGCCUGCAGGCCCGAUUCCCGGCCUCUUCUUGAAGGACACGUUUAG